UUUCAGAAUGAAAAGAUAUAUUUAAUGUUACAAUCUCCUGUUUAUCUACAUAUAUAUCUAGGUUUUACUUGCAUAAGCACAUACGGGUAUUCCCGUUUAAAUCUGGAUGAGUUUAAUUUUCCACGUCGUGAGGCCCUUCAUGUUAAAUGGCAUAAUGAUGCUCGAGAAAUACCGUCUACUUCGUCAAGAGUUCUUCAAGAUAGCUGAACCAUUUAUUGACAGUGAUAUUUUAGAAAAGCUGAAAUUACAUUUCGCGCGCAAUAUUGAUUCGAAACGUAAAUUAAGCAAGGUGACAGAUCUGCAAAUAUUAAUAAGGCUGCUAGAGAAACGAAAUAUUAUCAGUUAUGACAAAAUAGAGCCAUUGCGAUACAUAUCAAAGAGAUUUAUUGGCGAUUCAAGCUUGGAAAAUAGUCUGAUUGAUUAUGAAAAUUGGUUGAAGACUGUGCCGCUGUUACAUGUAUAUAAUAUGUAUCAAAAUGAUGAAGCUUCAUUGUCAUCAACAAUCUCAGAGUCCACAUCUAAUUCUAACUUAUCUCAAUAUCUAUCAACAGUAGAAAGAGCUGAGUCACUCAAUCAAAUUACACAACAUUGUCCUGGGCAGGAAGAAAGAAAUAUUAAUAAAAGAAAAUGGCUACAACAAAGAGUGUUAUUGCAACUCAAAGACAGACUGGGUCGAUCCUGGAGAGAUGUAGCUAGAUAUUUAGAUAUCAGAGAAUGUGAAAUUGAUGUUGUAGAAAAGAAAUAUCCCUUUGAUAUGAAGGAGCAAUGUUAUGAAAUUUUGCAAAUUUAUAUUUCGCAAUCCGACACCGAACGAUGGGCGAUAAAUUUAAUACGUGCUUUAGAAAAAGGAAGACGUAGAGAUCUUAAGGAACUUGUAGAAGAAUUAGUAUUGAAAGAUAAGAAUAUAUGACAGAAAUAUUUUUUAUACA